CUUCUGUCGGAGACUUCAUUCUGAUUCACGGGUGUCGCAUCGCUGACAUCGAGUGUGAUUUGGUUGUGUUCUUACCGGGUGAUCUUACGAUUUUUCUUCAAAAUGAGGGAAUGCAUUUCCGUCCACAUCGGCCAAGCCGGCGUUCAGAUUGGAAACGCCUGCUGGGAGCUGUACUGCCUGGAGCACGGAAUCCAGCCAGAUGGACAGAUGCCAUCCGACAAAACCGUGGGAGGGGGUGAUGAUUCCUUCAACACCUUUUUCAGCGAAACUGGAGCGGGAAAGCACGUUCCUCGUGCUGUUUUCAUCGAUUUGGAACCCACAGUUGUCGACGAAGUAAGAACAGGAACAUACCGACAACUCUUCCACCCGGAACAACUGAUCACCGGAAAAGAAGAUGCGGCCAAUAAUUACGCUCGUGGUCAUUAUACUAUCGGCAAGGAAAUCGUUGACAUCGUUCUGGAUCGGAUACGGAAGCUGGCGGACCAAUGUACUGGUUUGCAGGGAUUCUUGGUCUUCCAUUCUUUCGGAGGAGGAACUGGUUCAGGAUUCACCAGCUUGUUGAUGGAAAGGCUCAGUGUUGACUAUGGAAAGAAAUCUAAACUGGAAUUUUCCAUCUAUCCGGCUCCACAGGUUUCUACUGCAGUUGUUGAGCCAUACAACUCUAUUCUAACAACACACACAACCUUGGAACAUUCGGAUUGCUCCUUUAUGGUGGACAAUGAAGCCAUUUACGACAUCUGUAGAAGAAAUCUCGACAUCGAAAGACCUACAUAUACCAACCUCAAUAGACUGAUUGGUCAGAUAGUUUCUUCUAUCACUGCCUCCCUAAGAUUUGAUGGUGCUUUGAACGUAGAUCUAACAGAGUUCCAAACGAACUUGGUUCCUUACCCCAGGAUUCAUUUUCCUCUAGCAACAUACGCUCCUGUGAUUUCAGCAGAAAAGGCAUACCAUGAACAAUUGACUGUCUCAGAAAUCACCAACGCCUGCUUCGAACCUGCCAAUCAAUUGGUCAAGUGUGACCCAAGACAUGGAAAAUAUAUGGCUUGCUGCAUGCUCUACAGAGGGGACGUCGUUCCGAAAGACGUAAACGCAGCAAUCGCCAGCAUCAAGACCAAGCGCUCAAUUCAAUUCGUGGACUGGUGUCCCACAGGGUUCAAAGUCGGCAUCAACUACCAACCGCCCACCGUGGUUCCUGGAGGUGAUCUUGCCAAAGUCCAGAGAGCAGUUUGCAUGCUUUCCAAUACAACCGCAAUCGCUGAGGCUUGGGCUCGAUUGGACCACAAAUUCGACCUGAUGUACGCCAAAAGAGCCUUCGUGCACUGGUACGUGGGAGAGGGGAUGGAAGAAGGGGAAUUUUCCGAAGCUCGAGAAGAUUUAGCCGCUCUGGAAAAGGAUUAUGAAGAGGUUGCUGUGGACUCCAUCGAAGCUGAAGCUGACGAGGGGGAUGAAUAUUGAAGAUACUAACUGCCUUUCCAGAAUUGCAUUUAAUGUUUCAUUUUGCAAAUGCCUGAUUGUGAAGAUAAGAGUGUCUUUCCAACAUUCAAUUGAUUCCAUAUGUGUACUUCUAGUUACUCACAGAUUUAUUUUAACCGAUUUCUAUCUUUCUGAUACUGUUACUCUUGACACUGUGUAACUUUCACAAGUAUUUUAUAAAUAUUUUGCAACAAA